CACACACACAAUCACACACUCAGACUCCAGCUAGCCACUGCCUCCAGCAGUCAUCGGUGGACUCUGACACACUCUUCUCCUCACACACACACACUUGCAAACACACACACACACACACACACACACACACACACACACAGAGUCACUCAGUCUCUUGAGAGCUGUACACGGGACUUCGUGGCUUUUUCAGGCUUAAAAUGAAAAAGAAAAAAAGUCAUUGAAACGCCGUUGAUUUUUUUUUUUUUUCUCCGUUGUCGAGUUUUGAAAUCCGAGAUUCUGCAACGCCGCAUCGUUUGCUUGUGGGACAAAAAAAAAAGAAGGAAAAAUAAUAAUAAUAAUAAGUAAGAAAAUCCGACGAGUGGAAAAAGAAAGAGAAACAAAAAGAGGGAUAACUGCAAGGAUUCAUCCCGAACUGCACAGAAAAUCUCCAUCUUAGGUGAGGAAGAAAAAGAGAAAGAAAGAAAGAAAGAAAAGAAAGAAAGAAAAGAAAAGGGGGAAAAAAGGCCUAGUUGAGAAUCAUCACGUUUCCAGGUCUAUGGAAAUGCAGGAUCUAGCCAGUCCGCACAGCCGAGUCAGUGGUAGCAGCGAAUCUCCGAACGGCCCAAACCUCGAUAACUCGCACAUUAACAACAAUUCCAUGACACCAAAUGGCACUGAAGGUGAUAACAUCACUAUGCUUACGACAGCCGACUGGUUAUUAAGUUCUAAUUCGCAAUCCACUGCAGUUAAAACAGAGCCAAUGAGCAGCAGUGACAUCACCACGUCUGUAGCAGACGGCUCGCUAGACAACUUCUCAGGAUCAGCUAUUGGAAGCAGUGGCUUCAGCCCAAGACAAACUCACCAGUUCUCUCCACAGAUCUAUCCUUCCAACAGACCUUAUCCGCAUAUUCUUCCCACUCCUUCUUCACAAAACAUGGCAGCGUAUGGACAGACGCAGUACAGCACAGGAAUGCAGCAGGCCUAUGCCACUUACCCUCAACCAGGCCAGCCUUACGGCAUCCCGGCCUACGGUCCAUUGUGGGCAGGAAUCAAGACAGAAAGUCAAGCUCAGUCUCCAGGACAGAGCAGCUUCCUUAGUUACAGCUCCAGCUUCUCAACACCGCAGACGGGACAAGCGCCCUACAGCUACCAAAUGCAAGGAGGCAGCUUUACGACGACAUCAGGACUGUACGCAGGAAGCAAUUCCCUCACGAACUCGACUGGAUUUAACAACACACAACAGGAGUACCCGUCCUACCCCACGUUUGGCCAGGGUCAGUAUGCGCAGUAUUACAACAGCAGCCCAUACACGUCGCCCUACAUGACCAGCAACAACACGAGUCCCACUACGCCGUCCACCACGGCCACCUACACGCUGCAGGAGCCGCCGUCCGCCAUCACCAGCCAGGCUCUGACUGACCAAUCAGCAGGAGAGUACAGUACAAUCCACAGUCCAUCAACCCCCAUUAAAGAUUCAGAUUCGGAUCGAUUGCGUCGAGCCUCGGAUGGAAAGUCACGUGGAAGAGGAAGAAGGAACAAUAAUCCGUCUCCACCGCCGGACUCUGACCUUGAGCGUGUGUUCAUUUGGGAUUUGGACGAAACGAUCAUCGUUUUCCAUUCCUUGCUCACUGGGUCUUACGCCAACAGAUACGGACGGGAUCCACCGACGUCUGUGUCAUUGGGACUCCGAAUGGAAGAGAUGAUCUUCAAUUUAGCAGACACACAUUUAUUCUUCAAUGACUUAGAAGAGUGUGAUCAAGUCCACAUUGACGACGUUUCCUCUGAUGACAACGGUCAAGAUCUGAGCACGUAUAACUUCAGUACGGACGGCUUCCACGCCGCCGCCACCAGCGCCAACCUGUGUUUGGCGACCGGCGUGAGAGGAGGAGUGGACUGGAUGAGAAAGCUGGCCUUCCGCUACAGACGAGUAAAAGAAAUUUAUACCACCUACAAAAACAACGUCGGAGGAUUGCUGGGUCCGGCCAAAAGAGAGGCCUGGCUGCAACUGCGAGCAGAAAUUGAAGCUUUGACAGAUUCCUGGUUAACACUGGCACUGAAAGCACUAACAUUAAUCCACUCAAGGUCAAAUUGCGUGAACAUCUUAGUGACCACGACGCAGCUCAUACCUGCCCUCGCAAAAGUGCUGCUCUACGGACUGGGAAUAGUUUUUCCAAUCGAGAAUAUUUAUAGCGCCACGAAAAUAGGCAAAGAGAGCUGCUUCGAGCGAGUAAUUCAGAGAUUCGGGAGGAAAGUUGUUUACGUGGUGGUGGGAGAUGGAGUAGAAGAGGAGCAGAGCUCCAAAAAGCACAACAUGCCCUUCUGGAGGAUCUCCAGUCAUUCGGACCUCAUGGCUCUUCAUCACGCGCUGGACUUGGAGUAUUUGUAGCACUGUGAGAUCCUCAUCUGUCCAUUUCUACUCAGCACGGACCGACAGCAGAACGUUAACACACUUAACGGGGGGAAAAAAACAAACGUUAACACACACGUGCAAAUCGGCCCGAGACUCGUCUUAACCCUAAACCUCGGCCCUCGGUGGAGCGGUCGAACGGAGGAUUGUGAUUUUUACGACGCUGCAGCUGCGGGUUACUGUGAAUUGACUCGGCUCCUUUUCGAAAAAGCCGUCAGAAUGUUUUACGGAAUUUCUGGGGAAAAAAAACUGCAAGGGUUCACACCUGUGAAGAAACCAGAGCAACCGACGUCGCUUUUGGCUCUUCGUGAGACUCCCACUGAGAUUCAGCGCGAUUUCCCCCUCUUCUCAUUUCUCGGGUUCGCUCGAAACCACUGCGCCGGAUGUCCUGCUCUUCUAAUUUAUAAUCAGAGACUUUGUUGAGCGCGCCGCCGCCCUGCGAGAGACUUGUCGCCGUUUUUGUUUUGUUUUGUGUGUUUCUCGCCAUGCAAAGUACUUUGAUUCCGAGAAGACGUUUAUGGAGAAGAAGAAAAACGGAUUUUCUAAUAAUUUAAGGAAAAGGAAAAAAAAAAAAAACUUUAUCUGGAUUUUGCUCAGACAAUCAAACGUGUACAGAAUACGGCGGUUUUUGUGUGUGUAUAUUUUUAAUCACUGGACUAUUCCUUCCUGUUUCGCAUUAGCUACAGUUCAUGCUAUUCAGUGCUUUUUUUUUUUUCUUUCUUUUUUCGUGGAAGUACACUAAGGCAGGAGUGCACACAAAAAAAAUAAAUAAAUAAAAAAUAAAGUGUGCGAGGCCUAAAAGUGUUGUGUAAUGGUUAAAGUGUAGAUUUGAAAGAUUUCUUGAGAAUUUUCGUCAUGACCAAAAGCAUGGAUGUCACGUGUCAAUGAUUUCGUAUUUUGUUUACGGAUUUAUUGAUUAUUUUAUUUUUCUCCGUCCAUCCCCCGCCCCCCCCUCCCCCUCCCCCUCCUUCGCUAGUCAAAGAACCUCGAUAGCAUUUUAUUUUUUAAUUAAAAAAAAAAAAAAAAGAUACACGUAUUUAUGGGAUUACACACAUCAGAAAAGAAAGUAAUAAUCAAAGCGAAUGUAAGUUUUGAGCUGAGCGUCUGUACGUCUGUACGCUCACCUCUGACUGGUUUCUGUUUGAUGUUUCAAAGCAGUUGGACCUCAAACUCCACAAUAUUUCAAGGUUUUGUUAUCUUUUGUACUGGCACUAAAAGCAGAAACUCUUGUACAUUAAGUGUAAUUUUUGUAUGAAGUAGUCUUUUUCAUUUCUAUUUUAUUUUAUUUUUAUUUUGGAAAUGUCGCUGUAGAAAUUCUUCGUAGUGCUUAGAUUAAAUAAGACUGUGGACUUGGGAAACUUUAAAGCUCUAAAGACUGUAAGAAAGCCACUACACACACACACACACACACACACACACACACACACACACACAAUGAUGCAAAAGGGGUCAAGAACACACAUGCACUACCGACUGUGAAUUUCCUCAGCAGGAAUUGAAUCUGCGUGUGAGUUUCUGACCGGUUUCUGCUCCGUCGUCAGUGUUGCUUCAUUCCUGCAGGUGAAGUAUUCUACUGCCCCUUUUACCCCGUACCUUCCAUCUACAACCUACCCCUCUAACCACCCCCCACCCUCCUAAUCUAAUGUAUGCUUCUUUAACCGUCAACAUCCAAA